ACAUUUUUCACACCAGCCGUCAUGGAUUCGACACCCUGAGCUAAUAACCAUGCACAACAAAUAUCUAUGGGUGUUGUUUGCUAUAGUGUUUGGAUACAUUCUCAUAGGAGCGGCUAUAUUUCGAGGUCUCGAAGCUGAGAAGGAAACUGAAAUGAAAAACUUUUUGGAAGACGAAAUGAACAAAUUUAUGGAUGACAAUCCACUGGUAAAUGAAUCCGCUUUACAUGGAUUACUGGAGCACGCUUCAAGUCACUGUGACAUAAUGAUCAGAAUGCUGCACAAUGACAGUUCCGUGUGGGAUUACACAGGUUCCAUGUCUUUUGUCGUCACUGUCCUCACAACCAUAGGCUACGGUCAUCUCGCUCCGGCAUCCCACUUUGGUAAAAUCGUUUGUGUUUUCUACGCUCUGGUGGGUAUCCCGCUCACACUGUUGUUGUUGAAUGAGGUCUCUUCAAAGUUACACCGAGUUUCGCUAAGAAUAAGUGAAGUGAACUUCUGUCGUAGUCAUCCCCGGGCUAACGGCUUCGUCGGCUGCGCCCUGAUCUUGUCCCUGGGGGUCUUUAUCAUGCUCAUCAUACCUGCAGCGGUCAUCAAGGCACUGGAGGGAUGGACUUUCGUCGAAGGAAUCUACUAUUGUUUUAUAACACUGAGUACUAUUGGAUUUGGAGAUUACAUAGCAGGUAUUCAUACACCGGGUAUGAACGGCGCCUGGUGGGCGCACAUUUACAAAGUCGGAUUGUUCGUCUGGGUGUUAUUCGGCCUGGCCUACCUUACACUGGUCAUUAAAAAUAUAAUGCACAUUUUCUCAGAGAGCAUCUAUCCUGUUGAGACUCGCAACCGACAAGCCAUCCAGGAAGAAAUCGAAAACUUGCAGAAGAUGAUAGAGGCAAGCAAAGUGCGUUUAUCGGAAUGCCUUGACGACACUUAUGAGAGUGAAAAGACGAAGUCUGAGGAGAAAGAGUCAACAUUUUCAAAGAACCUCAUCCGUCGGCUGUUUUCUAACAGAAAAGUAAACAAUGAAAGCAGGGACGAAGAGAUGUCUUCCUUUGAACGAUGCCAGAAAUCUUCAUCAAUGGUGACGAAAUGAUAAGAAGGUUCAGGGUUGAUGAAGGGUACAAUAUAUGCUGGCUCUUUUUAUAUCAAAGAAUAUUUUGGGCAAUUAGUCUGUGUGGUAGACAAUCGAAAGGCCUAUUCUUUCGCGGGGCACGGUGACAAAAUUUUUUGUUAAUGCGAUUUGUCGAAUCGAAUCAUCAAAUUCGACAAGUUGAAUGAAAAUAGAAUAUUUCACACGACGCGUCCACUUAUCCAUUUCGACAGGUUGAUACGACAAACGUGAACGCGGCUUUAAAUCAGAAAUAUUUGUCAAAAACUGAUCUGAUGCAUGUAGAGUUUGAGUACUGUCAGUGAGCUCUUUUUGGAGAUCUAAUGGAUGUUAAGGUUUGUGUACAAAUCUAGAGUGUCGAAUCGAUUUGUCUAAUUUGUCGGAAAUUUUUCAGUACAUUUUCUUGGAUCCUUAGCAAUACACCCUGAAGGUACGUUUGUCCGUAUGCUAGGGGUUUUACCUCUGCAUCAUACUUAACAAUUUUUCAGUCACGUGGAUACGCGGAGUCAUUAGGUGUGUGUACAUAUACCGUGUCUUCUUGUGGCAGGGCGCGUCCAUGCCGCCAAAGUGUGGCCGCCACUGAAGUAUUACGCCGAAGACACCAGACAUGACACCCCACCCAGUCACAUUAUACUGACACGGGGCCAACCAGUCAUUUUUCCUUGCUCUAACCCCUCCGUUCUGAGCGCCAAGCGAUGGAGCAAGAAGUUCCAUUUUUAAAGCCUAUGGUAUGACUCGACUCGGGAUCCGGCAGACACCAGAUCGUUCGAAUGAACGGCUGACCAGAAAAUUGAAGGACAGACAUACACAUUCCAUCAAUUAUAGUUAGAUUCUUGCGUGAUAAAACGAAUCAAGUUGAUCAAAGCUGACUUGAUGCUUAGGCAUUCAGCGAAAUUCAAUGGCUUACUUGGAUCUCUAGGAUUUACCCCGAUCCAUGCGCUGUUUUUUUUUUAUGUCAAUGCUCGUUAUAGUGCCAAGCUUGCGCGCAUGCUCAAUAAUUUUACAGUUACAUGCAUUCGAUUUAAGGGUGGAGACGCCUAGCUCAUGUCAGCUUUACUACCUUUAUAUAAAUUGAAACAAUUUUCAAAUAUUAGUCCACUGAAAAAUUAACCAGGAAAUUUUUUACAUGGUUAAUGUUGCCUGCUCAAUUUUAUUCUCACGUACCACGAUUCCGGUUUGCAAAUCACUGUGAUAUGUGUCAGCCAGUUUUCUCAGGUGUUCUACGGUAUAUGUAUUUAUUUAUUUAUUUAUUUGAUUGGUGUUUUACGCCGUACUCAAGAAUAUUUCACCUAUACGACGGCGGCCAUCAUUAUGGUUGGUGGAAACCGGGCAGAGCCUGGCGGAGACCCACGACCAGCGGUAUAUGUACGGUAUAUUGUUACCAAUACUGUUUUCAAUUAAACAUAUAUAUUACUGUAACAACUCCAAAAUUUUAAAACAAAAUAUAUAUCUGACAAGAACAGUGAGGAGUAAUUUCAAAACAGUAUGUUGACUCACUGAACAGCAUCGAUAAGUGUAUCGACCAACGUCGACAUUUAUUCUCUGCCUUGCAGAGAAAAACAUAUUCAGCCUCACAAAGGAAUUAAGACAUGGGCAUGUCACGGGAAGCUAUCUUCAGUCUUGACGGCAGCACUAUGACGACCAACUAUAAUAGUUGUGAAUAUCUCGAUAUUUCGUACUGAAUAGCCCUGAAAAAAUUGAGCUUUUAUGCAGAUGUCUGAAAAGCAGUGCACAUUAUUACCAUUUUAUAUUAAUAUUUUUGAAGAGGUAUGAGGCGUCUCUGAAAUAGAUUAUACGUCUGUUAUUUCUUUAAGGCGAUCAGUUGUAUAACUCGAAUUUACAAAAUACAUGUAUAUAUGUAUAUGUACAUGUAUAUAUCUUAAUUAUUUACAUGACUUACGUUUGACAAAUCAUUAUCAGGAAAGUUACAUACACAUCAUAGAAACCGCAUGACGCUUAUUAAAGGUUAAUCUUGGUUUUUGUACAAUAGAAAUGCAUUAUCUAUUUCAUGUUCAUAAAUAUUUAAACAGAUUUUGCCUCAGUGAUAGCUUGUUGUCAAAGACUUUGACUACGCAAGGGCACGUGAUAAUGUCGAAUUCAGUAAGAUCAGCGGAAACGUUUUGAUUGCUUUUCCUGAUAUUUUCCUUUGUAUUCGUGCACUGAAUUAAUAUGCAAGAGAUUUUCUGUAUGGGAUAAUUGCUAUUUACUGCACAUAUAACUGCUUUUUCGGUAGUUUUCCAAUAAAAUUCAUAAGCAAUCAUUUUGUCAUGUCUGGGUCAAUAUAAAAACUACAGCAUAGUAAAACCAGAGCAGUGCCCGCAGCGUAAUAGUUAGCAAAUGGUCAAACGUUUUACCGCUGAAAUCCGACCUCAGUCAGGAUUUUAUUCCCACUGUUCAUGUAUAUGCUUAACACUAGUAAAGUACAAGCCCUCACUCACCAGCAGGAGUAGGUUAAAAAAAGAAGCCUGACGAUUAAAUCAUUCGUAUAUAGG